AUUAAAUUAGACGUAGAAUUAGUUACUGAAGAGUGAAGAAGAAUGAAUAAAUAGAUGGAAAGAAUGAAAAAUAGGGAAAAGCGAGCAGUGCAAGGUGGCAAGGAAGCACGACGUUGAGAAAAAGCCAAAACCGAACACCAAACAGCAUUUUUAUUCCUCAGUGUGCAAACCAUGAAGACUCUCACAGUCCGAGAGAGAAGAGGAUUAAUGCAGAGGCGUAGGACGGUUUCACUCGGCAUGCUCAGGAGGUUCCUCGCCGCAACAAUUUUCUCAGUAGUUGUCACUUCUUUCUUCUUUGUUCAUGUUCACGUUUCUCCGUCCCCCACUGAUCACAAGUUCAAUGAAAAGAUCCCCUCGUUUCAUGACCCGCAAAGCUGGACUCGAGAACUCGCUCCGCCUCAUCUAUCCAUGGCUCCGCUCUCUGUUUCCAAGAUGAAGGAUUCAAGAAAGGAUUCAGACUACGAGAAACUGUGGAAGCCUCCACCAAAUCAUGGGUUUAUACCCUGUGCAAAGCCUACUCCUAAUUACACAACUCCUGCAAGAUCACGUGGUUACCUUUCAGUUCAUACGAAUGGAGGGCUAAACCAAAUGCGUACUGGGAUAUGUGAUAUGGUAGCUAUAGCACGUAUCAUAAAUGCCACUCUUGUAAUUCCAGAACUUGAUAAAAAGUCAUUUUGGCAUGAUACUAGCAAUUUCUCUGAUAUCUUUGAUGAAGACUGGUUUAUUAGUUCUCUAGCUAAUGAUGUAAGAAUCAUUAAGAAGCUUCCCAAAAAACUGGUUAAUGCAACCAGAAUUGUCAUGCAAUUCAAAAGCUGGUCUGGCAUGGAUUACUAUGAGAAUGAGAUUGCUUCCUUGUGGGAUAAUUUCAAAGUAAUUCGAGCUAGCAAAACUGAUUCUCGGUUAGCAAAUAACAAUCUACCUCCAGAUAUUCAGAAGCUUCGCUGCCGUGCUUGUUAUGAAGCUCUUCAUUUCUCUCCUCACAUCGAAAAAAUGGGAAAAAUAUUAGUGGAAAGGAUGAGGUCAUUCGGCCCUUAUAUUGCAUUACAUUUACGUUAUGAGAAGGAUAUGCUUUCAUUUAGUGGGUGCACACAUGAAUUAUCUACAGUUGAGGCUGAGGAGCUGCGAAUUAUCAGAGAGAACACUAGUUAUUGGAAAAGAAAGUACAUUAACUCCACAGAAGAGAGGUCUAAAGGGUUUUGCCCCUUAACUCCAAAGGAAGUUGGAAUUUUUCUGACUGCUCUGGGAUACCCAUCAAAGACUCCAAUAUAUAUUGCUGCUGGGGAGAUAUAUGGGGGUGAGUCCCAUAUGACUGACCUGCUAUCACGCUAUCCAUUGUUAAUGAGCAAGGAAAAGUUGGCAUCCAUUGAGGAGCUUGAACCAUUUUCUAGGCAUGCGUCUCAAAUGGCUGCUCUUGACUAUAUUGUAUCCGUUGAAAGUGAUGUAUUUGUACAUUCUUACCCUGGAAACAUGGCGAAAGCUGUUGAAGGCCAUCGUCGUUUUCUUGGGAGCGGAAGAACAAUAUCUCCUGAUAGGAAAGCGCUUGUUCGUCUGAUUGAUAAACUGGCAAAUGGAUCAAUAACUGAGGGGAAAUCACUGUCUAAUAAAAUUAUUGAUCUCCACAAAACACGGCUUGGCUUCUUCAGGAAGAGAAAAGGACCCGUUUCUGGAACAAAGGGAUUGGACAGGUUUCGCACAGAAGAAACAUUUUAUGCAAAUCCUUUACCUGGUUGUUUAUGUCGGACAGAAUAACUCUCUAUAAACGGUUCACACUAUAGGUAACCAGACAAGGCAAAGCUUUUUCCUUGAAUAGAUCUAUGUUGGUGAAAGGACGUCACAUGCAUCUUCCUUUUUACCAACAUUUUAACACUGGAUCAGCUGGAAUGUGUUACAAGGCUGUUGGCUUACUGUAUAUAUUCAUGACAAGAAAAAAAAAAAAAGAAGAAGAAACAGAGUACCAUAGAAAGGAAAAGGAAGGAGGGAGAUAAAAAAAGAAAGAAAGAUGCGGGAUUUGAUACACAAAGUUGGUGAGGAUGACAACCUGAGAUUCUUGAGUGUCAUUGGGUGUUUUGGAAGGCAUGAUUCGUUCAUUCAUUCGUCAGCAUUACUUGUUUAUGUAAAAAGCUUUUAGAUUUGGUCAGGGACUCAAUGCACACAUUAUUGCAAAUAUUUUUUGUCAUGUUCAUUAUUGGGAUUAUAGUUUUUAAUUAAUCCAACAGAAUAGUUAGCUCCACAUUUUGUU